GCGGGGCCGGGUGCGCGGGCGCGCUCGGGGCGGCGGCGGCGGCGGCUGCAUGUGCGGGCGGGGGGCGGCGAACGGGGCCGGGCGGGCGGCGAGCGGAGCCGGGCGCGGGGCGAGCGCAGCUCAGAGGAGCCGAGCCGAGCGGAGCCGGCACGCAGCCUCGCUCUCCGCUGGGAUUUAUGGAGGUGCUGAGGAGCAGCUGUGAGCCCCGCAGCCCCCGGCAGCCCGCCCUGUGAAGCAGCCCCCGGCCGCCUCUCCUCGUCUCGCCCAGCACCCCGACCCUCCGACUCAACCAUUCAAGGCUCCUGUGCAUGGAUCGCCCCAGCGAGGCACCGCUGCCGGACGCCGCCGACGCCGCCCCGUAGGCUCCCGGCCCCCCGUGCCGCCCCCAAGUACUCCACAUACCCCGAUGGGGUAACGUGACGGGGGUCACCCUCCCGCCACCACCACCCCCCAUAUGCAGAGGCCUUUCUAGAGCGCCCGGGAGCGCGCGGCACCGGAGGCAGCAGCCGCUCACCGUCGCGCACACGCAGAGAACGCCAACACUACAGCAAAGGGAUUUUUUUUUUUUUUAAUUAUUAUUGUCGUUAAUAUUAUUUCUUUUUUCCCCAUCUGGCUUUUUUUGUGCCUGGGGGAGCUUGUGGUGUGUCAAGGAAGCCGGCGCGCUCCCAGGAGUUGGGAUUAUUUGCACAACGUCUGUAUAUUGAGUUCUCGAUCCUGUUUUAUUUUUAUUUUUGAAGCGCAGAGGGGUUGUUGGGUUUUUGUUUGUUUUGGGGUUUUUUUGCCCCUCCACACCACACUUUUCUUGGGUUUUUCCCCCACCACUGUCAGCACCACCUCACCUUCCCACUGUCCCCACCAUGGCCCGGAUGAACCGCCCUGCACCCGUGGAGGUCUGCUACAAAAACAUGAGGUUCCUCAUCACCCACAACCCCACCAAUGCCACACUCAGCACCUUCUUGGAGGACCUGAAGAAAUACGGUGCCACCACGGUCGUGCGAGUGUGUGAAGUGACCUAUGACAAGACCCCCCUGGAGAAAGACGGCAUCACUGUCAUGGAUUGGCCAUUUGAUGAUGGAGCGCCUCCUCCCAGCAAGAUUGUGGAAGAUUGGCUCAACUUGUUGAAGACCAAGUUCUGCGAGGACCCCGGUUGCUGCGUGGCCGUGCACUGCGUGGCUGGCCUGGGGCGCGCUCCCGUCCUUGUUGCACUGGCGUUGAUCGAGAGUGGGAUGAAGUAUGAAGAUGCCAUCCAGUUCAUCCGACACUCUCCUUGUCCUGGGACUUGCUCCUGGGUGAGCAAGGAAUGCUGCUGGGGAAGCGCAGAGGAGCCAUCAACAGCAAGCAGCUGACGUACUUGGAAAAAUACCGACCAAAGCAGAGACUCCGAUUUAAGGACCCUCAUAACCACAAGAACAAAUGCUGCAUCAUGUAACCUCAAUGACCUCUUGCCAAAAUCCGUGCACAGACCCCCAGGCACUCGCACACAUCCCACCCCCUCACCUCUUCACCCAGCCCUGUGCUCCCCACACGCUGCCCCUGUGCCAGGGCUGGGCUGGGGACAUGGAACAUCUCCAUUGUGUUCCAGCACUCACAGCACACUCGUCUUGCUGGAUCCCCAAAAAAGGCUGCUGUCUCCAGCUGCAGCCCUGAGGAGGGAAGGCAGCACUGCCCUUUGACUCUCAGUGUUAGCAGGCAAUGAGCUCGUGUGACCGUUCUUCAUCACCAUCCUCCUCCCUCCUUUCCCCUCCCGUUGCACUGAGAGGGGUGGACAAAGGGUGCUUGGUUUGGGGUGAUGCAGGCAGGGCUGUGCCAGCUGAGAAGGGAUGGGGUGCAGAAGGGCCAGAGCACCCCCAGAAAAACCUUUCCCCACCUCUUCCCCAUAAAUAAGGGCUGCAGCAGCAGGGAUGGAGGUGGGGGUGGCACAGUGGCCUCAGGGGGGAAAGUGAUGAUAGCGGGGAGAGGUGAUGGGCUCUUAACUCAGUGACCCUUGUGACCAGUGGAAGGGCUGAGCUAAGACCUCCAGCACCAUUCCCUUUCUCCUGGCCCCUCUGUCACCUCACCACCUCUCUGUUGCCUCAAUGCCAGCCAGAAUGCUGCAGAUGGGGCUCGCUAGGAACUUGCUCCAGUGAAGGCAGAACUUCUGGGAACCUCGGGGAUGCCAGCAGGGCUUUUAGGCACUCAGCUCUGCUGGGAUGCUGGAUCAGUACUGGGUCCCCCAAAGUGUGGGGCACUUUUAUUUAUAGCUUCCAAAUUCAGUGCCCAGGGUGGUGGGUUCUCUGCUGUCGUGUCCCCAUCCCUGAGCUGUGGCACAAAUCCCAAUUCUGGCUGCAGUGCCCUGGGGACACAGUGUGCCUUUCAUGGCACAUCCAUGUCCACCACCACCACUGCAUUUGCUGGCAGAGGGGCUCGGCUGCAGCUUUCCUAGGGGAUUUUGGGUGUUCCUGGCAAGAGCACAUCACCAAAUUUUGCACCUGCCUUUUCCAUAUCUGUACCGAGGCACCUGGCACCCCUGGCACACACCCAGGUGGGGUGGGCUCAGAGCUGCCACUGAGCUGGGACAUUAAACAUCUCUCAACUUUC